CACUUGUUAUCUUCGGCCCCUUCCCGUAAUCCGAAAGCUCGAAUUCUUCCCUCCAAGUUGAUUAGGGUUCUCAUUUUUCUCUUAGUCUCCUCCGAAACCAAUUUCUCUACUAAUGAUCCUAGUAACUGCUCCGAGCGGAUCCGUGCUUUUCAGAACUACACUGAAUACUCAUCGUAGAUGCCACCGUUGUUCUUCGCGCAGAAAGUCAUUCGGUCUUCGGAUUUUUGGUUUUGUGUCCAAAAGUUUAAUGCAUCGGAUGUCAGAGAUUCAUGCUCUAAAGGCGUCGUUGAUCACCAAUCCCGAUGAUUUCGCCGUGGGAAAAUACGUUGGAGAGUACGGGUUCAUGAACGUUACCAGUUAUUCAUCUUUUCAACCUGGAGGGCCUUCUGAUGCUAGAAACAUUGAAGUUCCAGGUGUUGGAUAUUCUUCGGAAGACAUUGAGCGUUUAAGAAUCCAAGAUGUUGGAGAAGGCAAAGUGAAAAUUAGGCUUUACGAGGGAAGAGUUGUUCAAGGUCCAUUAAAGGGAGUCCGAGUGAUUUUUAAGGUUUAUCCUGGACGACGUGCUGGUGGCAUUGAAGCAGAUAUGAUGGCUGCUAAUGAGCUGAAAUGUCAUUCUUUCCUUCAAGAAGAUUCAAAAUUUAUAUGUGAAAACAUCCAGAUUUUAUUAGGAGGUUUCGAGACUAGAACUGGAGAGCAGUGGCUUGCCUUUCGUAAUGAUGGGAUAUAUAGUGCAGCAGACUAUGCCAAAGUUACUAGCGAAGCAAUUUCAAAGGAUGUUGCUAAUACUAAAGAGACUAUCUGGUCUUCUUUCAACGGGGAAGGGAAAUUUAAGCGUAGAAGGUUUUUUGUUACCAAAUUGCUUUACGGAGCUAUCAAUGGGUUGGCCUUUAUGCAUGAUCAUGAUAGGCUACACCAGAGCAUCGGCCCUGCUUCUGUUGUGCUCAAUACAAUAUCAGAAGGAGAGGCAACAUAUUUAGUGCCCCGUCUCCGUGAUUUAGCCUUUUCAGUUAACAUCAGGUUUGUUUAUUUACUACAUUCCAUCCUCUGAAAAUUCUUUUAUGGGAGUUAGAGCUUCUUAAUGCACACUCAAAAUCAAAGCCUCGAAUAGAUUGGCUUGAUGCAACUGUCUAAAUCUAUUACCUUAAAUGGCCUAUUAGAAUGUAGAAGAAUGAUCCAAUUGAAUCCAAUUCAUCAUUAUUGUGUUGCAAAUGUGGUGCCUUUACGCCGGAUCAUUAAUGUUUAUAGGAAAUUCCUGUUUUUUUAUUGUUUUUUGUGAAAAAUGAAUUAUUGAUUUGUGGGUGUGAAUUUUUCAAAGCCAUCUUUUUGAUGAAAUACAUCAUCGUGAUAGU